AUGCGAAAAAGUGAAAAAAGGCAGGAAAAGGAGGAGGAGGGGGGAAUGGCCAGCGAAACACACAAAAAGCGGAGGUUGGAGCGCUAUGGCGGGGGUGCGAGGUAAAUUUAAUACUUGCAUGAUCCGGCAGAGCUCACUGCAAGGAUUUUGAGGGGUAAACAAGUAGUUUGCAGGGAUUUGGAAGGGCUGCGGGAUUUUGAAUAUUAUCUGGGAGGUCUUAUGGAAAUUUUGAGUGAAAUGGAGCGAUAUUUUGUCGCUGUAGAGAAUGGACACUACAAAAUUGAACCUUAUUUUUUUAUUGAUUAAGUACGCCAAGUGCGACGCUCAGAUUUUCUUUAAAUUUUGCGCACACGUCGGGCACAGGCCACAUAUCAAUUCCGGAAAGUUUUAGCUCGCGUGUUGCUUGCGCUGCUGAGAUAUUAAAGGAUCUUUGCUGCCGAGAGAGCACACUAAACGUGGAGAGCGGUCAGAGAGAAAAACGCUUUUUGGCCAUAACUUUGGCAGUUUCGUGCGAAAAAAUUUGAUUUUCUGUAGAAACAUUACCCUCUAGGGUAGAAAUAGGCAUAAAACUUUUCGUGCGAAAAUUAGCCAAAAAAUGUCAAAUUUUUUCCAAUUUUCGAUCUAUAAAUCUCGGUUGUUUCUGCAAAGCGCGAGCUAGGAUUCUCGCAUAUAUUUUAGAAAACAUCAUUCUAAAUUUGAGCCAACUUCCAUCGAAAUCUGAGCGUCGCACAUGGGGUACUUCCUUUGUUAGUUUCGCGCGGAAAACUUUAUUUUUUGUUGAAAAAUUACCAUCUAACAGAAGUACUUACUCCAAGUGCGACGCUCAGAUUUUAAUGAAACUUAGCACAAAUUUAGAAUAAUUUUUUCUAAGGUAUAUGCGAGAAUCCUAGCUCGCGCUUUGCAGAAACAACCGAGAUUUUUAGAUCGAAAGUCGGCGUAAAUUUAGGACUUUUUGCCGAAUUUCGGCACGAAACGUUUCAUGCCUAUUUCAACCGUAAAGGAUAAUGUUUCUACAAAAAAUCAAAUUUUUCCGCGCAGAACUGCCAAAGUUAUGGGCAAAAAGCGCUUUUCUCCCUGACCGCUCUCCACGUUUAGCGUGCUCUCUCGGCGGCAAAAAUCGUUCGAUAUCUCGGCGGCGCCCGCAAAGCGCGAGCUAAAACUUUCAGGAAUUGAUAUUUAGUCCAUACCCGAAAUGUGUACAAAAUUUUAAGAAAAUCUGAGCGUCGCACUUGGAGUACUUCACCUGUAAGGUAGAAAUCGGCAUGAAACUUUUUGUGCCGAAAUUGGCCAAAAAAUGAAAUUUUUUCCAACUUUCGAAUGAUGUUUUUUUCCUGUUAUUUGGUCAAGUUGACUCGUCAGUUUUCACCAACUUGCCUGGUUGAACUGCUACUUCAAAUCUUUCAAAAUUUCAAUCAAUCUGACCGCCCAAACUGACCGGGCAGACUGGUCAACUUGCCCAGUAAAAUUCAUCAAAAAAUUUUUUUGAAAAUUCGCUCUUCCCCAAUUUUUUAAAACUUUUCAAAAAUACUUCUCACCUUUUUACCCGACCUACCUAUCUCACACGCCUUGACCGCUUGGAAAUCCCAUUCCCCCUCCCAUUCUUGCUCGUAACGUAACCUCAACAAGUUAUUUGCAUAAUGAUUCAUUCGGCGAGGGUAUUCGAAAAUUCGGAAGAAAGGGAAAAGAAAUAUUUUCGGGGCUUUUAAAAUCAUUUUUUUCGAUGUUCAGAUUGCUAUGAGUGAUAAGUUAAAACAAUGAGUAAUGCUUUGGAAAACGAUUUUUAAUGCGAGGAAAGGAUUUUAAUGGCCAAGAAAGCAAAAAUGGACCGUGAAUUUUGUUGUUAUUGCUGGAUUUUUUGUAAAAAAUUUUUCAGUUUUUCAAAAAUAAUGAUAAGGGGGGACCAAGACAAAAAUUUUUCAAUUUUUUGAUUACGGGUUUUUUAGAUUUUCAAAAAUUCCUGAUGAGACAUGGCGAGAAUUAAAGGUAAAAUUUCUUAAGGCGAAUUCAAGAUUUUUAGCCUUCGUUUUGCGAAAUCACCGGGAUUUUUAGGUAAAAAUUAUCGAAAAUUCGUAUUUUUUGCGGUUUUUUGGAUAGAAAUACACUUGUUUUAUCAAAAUGAAAUUCAAUUUUAAUGUCAAAAAAAAUUUUUUUUUUGGACGUGGCCUUAUAGAUAUAAAGAGGCAAACAUGAUUUUUUCUCACUGUCCCUCUUCAUUUCCCGUAAUCUCUCGUUUUCAAAAAUCGUUGAAUAUCUCGGCUGUGCCGAGAUAGCGUGGGCUAAAAAAUUUUUUAAUGUAUUUUCGACGAAUUUAGAAACACUUUUUUUUAAAACUUGAAAAAAAUCCGAGAAAAAAUUUUUUUUUUGCAAAAUUUUUUUUUCUUUUUUCAAUUUUUUUUUUUUUGAUAUUUUGCCUUUUUUAUUUAUAAAAAUUUUCCAAAAAUUUUGAAAUCCCCAUUACAGAAUCUUCCCUGUUUCAAACUCGACUUUUUCUGCUAAUUUCCAAAAAUUAGUGACCAAUUUGAAGAAGUCCGUUCGGCGCUCCCUCCAAAAAAUGUCGAGGAUCUCUUUCUCCCGAAAUGAAAAGGCAUUUCUCGGCUUAUUCACACAAAAUUAUUCUAUUUUUUUAAGAGGUCAUUCUCCCUUUCGUAUUUAUUCGUUUUAUUGCGAUUGGCCUUGCGUAACGAUGACUUUCCCGAAAGAAUUUUUCGGAUUUUUCCAUUUUUUGAGGGAGAUUUUGGCUUGAAAAGAUGUUGGGGUUAUUAGAAGAUACAUAAAUUUUUGAAAAAAUAGGAUUUUUAAAUAAAUAUUUUUUUUAUUUUUGACAAAAGAUUGAUCAGGGGGGACCAAGGGGAAAACGCAAAAAAAAAAAUUUUUUUCGUAAUUUUUUUAUAUUUAUAAUUAUGUUUACAACCCAAGCGCGGUUUUAAAUAUGUAUAUUAAUUAGUGCCAGAUACCAAGCUUCAAAUUUUUUGAAUUUUGAAAAAUUUCGAAAUUGCAAAAUUUUUAUGCCUUGGUCCCCCCUUACUAUUUUUUCGAAAUUUUAAUUUUAAAAAUUUACUGAAAUUUUUGAAAAUUGCAUUUCAUGUGCUGUCAUAAAGUCUCUAGAGUGAUUUUUUAACACAUGCAAUGUGCAAAAACAAAAGUUAACUUUGCACUGUGCAAUUUCUUGCUUUUCGCACCGUGCAAUAGGCUUUUUUGGCUGCCGCUCGCACCCUGCCUUUUUCUGCACAGCGCAAACGCCAAAAAUCACUCCAGCGGCUUUGCCAACGGCCUAGUACACUUAUAUCACUUUUCCAACAAACUUUUAUUCCCCAAUCUCCCCAAACCCUCAAUAAUUUCUUAUCUUUUUAUCAGCCAUUAAACAUUCUCCUUACUCAUUUGUUUAUAAAUGAUUUUUUCUCGACAAGCCUGAUGCUUGGGUCAUUUUUGUUGUCUUUAACCUUUUUUGGCUAGCAUCGGCCCGGUCGUUGGGCAAACAAAGGCAGCGAGGGGAGGAAGAAGAAGAGCUGAUCGAAGGGGAAUACCGAAAAAGGCUUGCGUUUUCGAAAGGCAUAAGAUUUCUCAAGAUUUUUUUGCGGCAUUAGCUCUGCUUUGAUUUUAAGAUUUUUGGGCAGGGUAAAAUACGGAGUUCUUUCUCAACUUUUUUAUUAUCAACCAUUGAAAUUGAUGCUAAAAGAUCGAUAAAAAUUUUUUGUAACAUCGUAAGGGGGGACCAAGGGAAAAAUUUUGCAAAAAAAAAUAAUUUGUUUUUAAAUUUCAGUCGCCAUGUUUAACACAUCUCUGAAAAUAGCUGAAAAAUUUUCCGUAAGCAAUUUGCCGCAAAAACCGAGAUUUUUUGUUGAAAAAGUCAAAAAAAAGUUUAACGAUUUUUUAAACGUUUCAGCUUGGUAUUGAUUUUUAACAAAAUAAAUAUUUUUGUGGAUAUAACUGAUCAUCACAUUCUAGUGAUCUAAUUUGGCUAUUUUGAGAAUGUUUUAGGCAACCACCUUGACCUUGUUGACGACUUAUCGUUAGUUCGUGAGUUUUUUUACUGAUGAUAUGACUUAAAGACGGUGUCUUGACCAUCUUAGGCAAGCAUUGAGAGGAUACUUUUAGGUAAUUUUAGGCAACCGCAUUGACUUUGGUCACGAUCUUGGGUGAGCUUGGCGAUGAUCUGACCUAAGAAAAUGUGUUUUGUAUCCUAGUCAAGUAUUGGGAGUUUAUUCUUUGGGGUAGUUUUUUAAGCAAUCGCCUUGCCCUUGUUCACAACCUAGGUGCUGACAAUCCGACUAAAAAAGGUGUCUUUCAUCCUAAUCAAGCAUUUAGACCAUUUUGGGCGACCUUAUCCAACCAGCUUUACCUUGGUCACGAUCUAAAGCUUGUACCUAUCUCAUAAUCCCGUUGGCUAGCCAGUCAAACAAUUUUGCGGUAUUGGCCAUAAAUAUAGAGCAGAUACCCGAAAUCUGCCCCAAUGAAAUUUUGCGUGCAAUUGCAUCAGUUUGUCGGGAAAAUAAUGAGCAUAAUGUCGCGCCAAUCAUGUCGCUGAAGUGAACAGCAAUUUGAUUUUGCCGCGACACAAUUCGUUUUCUAGACGGCGAUGCGGUUUUCGAUGCGACACUGUCCCCAUUAUUUUCCCGACAAACCAAUAAAGUCGCUUAUAAUUCCUACUACCUUUAGCUGUGCCUCCACCCAUGCCCUUAUCAACAUGAUCCAAUUCAAAUCGCGGCUGAAAACGCCGUUCUGUCUCCUUCUCCAGGCAAUACUCUUCAUCUACAUAACAGACCCCUUUUCCUGGACCUAUGUGGAAGCCCAGGGCCAGCUCAAGUUGCCUCCGGGCCUUCGCCAACAGCGUCAGCAGAUCCGCCAUGCUGUGGGCGGGAUCUACAGCGACAACACGACGCUGUUUUUUCGCAAUUCGCCGUUCAGGGUGACCGAGGACAUCAUUGUAAAUCCGGGGGUUACCCUCGAAAUUGAGACUGGCGUUCAACUUUAUUUCGAUACCGGUGUUGGAAUAAAGGUUUAUGGAGUUCUAAGAGCAAUUGUAAGUUGAUUUUGAAAAGGAUUUUUUGAUCGAAAUUUUGAAAUUUUUUGGUUAAAAUUGGUCAGGGGGGACCAAGGCAAAAUAUUUUUUGAAAUGCACCAAAUUUAACUCUUCGGUUUUAAUGAAACUUGGCACAAAUGUAAAAAAGAUUUUGUAUAACACAUAUGUGAGCUUUUUAGAAGGCAAUUUGAAAAAACAACCGAGAUUUUUCAAUCCAAAAUUUUAAAAAUUUUAAAUUUUUUUUUCAAAUUUUGCUAAAAUUUUGCUUUUUACAUGUUUGCCCCAAGGUUUCCAACGUUUCCACAUAAAAAAUAUUUUUUUCUAAUCAAAAUUCAAAAAGUUAUCGCCGAAAAAAAAAUUUUUCUAGCCGACCCUCUUCAUUUUACAUGCUCUCUCAUAAAAAGUCAAUUUCAAACUUCUAAAAAUCGCAAAGAAAAAAUUAUGAUAUUUCUUUCCAGGGAAACGAAUUUGCCCACAUUGAGAUGCUCCCAUUUCAAGAGCAGCUCAAUUACGAGGAAAAUAUGCCCGAGUUCCGGCUUGUUGAUGGUCCCUCAGUUCGACAAGGACGAUUACAAAUGAAAUACCGGGAUCGAUGGAGAUCAGUGUGCACUAUGGUUACAAAGUAGGCGAUUUAUCUUCGUUUUUUUGUAAAUUUUGAGAUUUUUUUUGAUUGGUCAUCUUCCCCGAAUCUGACCGGUCAAAUUGGGCAAGUUGACCGGUCAUUUAAAUUGGGCAAAGUUUUAAAUUUUUUUCAAAUGUAUUUUUUAUGAUAGGUAGGAUAUGUGCCUGUCAUUUUGGCCAAAUUUCGGGCAUAUUGGGCAAGUUGACGGUCCAAAUUCAAUUCUCAAAUAUAUCAGUCUGUCGGGAAAAUAACGGCGAGUCGUCGCAGCAAAAUAUCUCGCCUCGCCGCUAUCGCACACCAAAUCCCCAGCCGCGGCUUGCCGUCCCAUUUUUUUAUGAUGCAUCGUGAUGUGUGAUUCCAAGGCGCGACGACCCGCCGUUAUUUUCCCGACCGACUGAUGGUUUAUUACGGAAUAAAAAUUCCAAUUACCAUAUCAGUCUGUCGGGAAAAUAAUGUGCACAAUGUCGCUGUGCCGAUUGCGUCGCUGAAGUAAAAAGCAAUUUGAUUUUGCCGCGACACAAUUCAUUUUCUCGGCGGGGUGCGAUUUUCGAUGCGACAGAGUGCUCAUUAUUUUCUCGACAAACUGAUAUACACAUAAUUUUCAUUUUCACCUCUAAAUUCAAACUUCUCCCUUCUUUUUUCCCGCAAAUCCCAUUUUCUUUUCAGUUGGACCUCAAUUGACACCGGAGUUGCUUGUCGAUCAAUGGGCUACUCUGACGGAGGGUUCUGGCGUUGGUAUCGACGAGUCAACGACACCUAUCCGUUGGCAAUGCCAGUGCCGGGCUGUCUUCCGUCGGCGAAGAAUCUGUGGGAAUGCGAUGGCUUCAAAGAGCCGAAUCAAAUCCGAAUGAGCGAGAAUCUCUGUCAGGGAGAAGACGACAUCGGAUUGUACUGUUGGGGACCUCCGACGUUCAACGGAUGGGCCAGGCAUUGGAAAGGUAGGAGAUUUGUUAAUCUGUAAUGUCGAAGAAAACAUCGGUCUGUCGGGAAAAUAACGUGUGUUUUUUUGCGUGUUGGAAUUGCCCAUCAUCUCUUUGAGACGGCUAACCGCAACUGGAGAUUUGGUGGGCGACUGUGACGAGGCUAGAGAUUUUGCUGCGACAAAUCCACAUUAUUUUCCCGACAGACUGAUAAAUGGAAAUUUGGAAAAGAUUUUUUUAUUUUGGUUACAAAAUUGACCGGUCAAUUCGAUCAGUCUGACUGAUAAUUUUGCCAAAAUUCAACUGGACAGGUCAACCUCUAGAAAAUUACAAAAAAAAUCUUUUCUAAAAAAAGCGAUGUAACUGGUCAAUUUCAUCAAUAUGACCGGUUAGUUUGACCUAUAAAUUUAUUGAAAUUUCAAACAACACGAUUUUAUGGGAACCAAAAACUUUGAUGAGCAGCUUGCCCAAUCUGACCAUAAUUAAAAUAACAUUAGUCUGUCGGGAAAAUAAUGAACAUGAUUUUUCUGGACCAAUCACGUCGCUGAAGUGAAAAGCAAUUUGAUUUUGUUGCAACACAAUUCAUUUUCUCUGUGGUGAUGCGAUUUUCGAUCCGACAGAGUGCUCAUUAUUUUCCCGAUAGGCUGAUGUUCAAACCAACAAAAAACUGAAUAUUCUUUAUGGCAUUCCAACUUUUUGCGCUGGAUAAUGAUAAAAAGAUCGCUGUAAAUGAACUACGCACCUAUUCAGGCAUCCAAAUCUUCAACUCUCCCUUCUACUACGUCCCCAACGACCCGGAUAUGGUCGCGGCUCAACGAGAAUCCCACAGUCGUCUCGAGUUCAUCGACAUCAUGUACGCCGGCUACGAUGGCUACACGAAAAACAUGACCGCCGCAUUGUACAUCGAAGGGGUCCCGCCGAUCAUGAACGGGCUCCGAAUCCAGCGGAGUGCUCGGGAUGGAAUCCAUUUUUACGAACCCACCGGCCCCAUUAUUCUGGCCAACUCCACGGUGGCCGACAAUCGAGGGCACGGGUUGGUGAUUGAGAAUACGACGGACGGAAGAUUGUUCGUGAAUUGGACACUGAUCUCGGGGAAUUAUGGCGAUGGGAUUUGGUAUAGGCAACGAUAUGGAGGCGCUAGUUUGGUGAGGCAACCCGGAAUGCCUGGACGUAAGUUUUUCAGCGAUUUUUUUUCAACUGAUAGGGGAAGUACUCCAAGUGCGACGCUCAGGUUUUGAUGAAACUUGGCACAAAUUUAGAAUAUUUUUUUCUAAGAAUACCAGCUCGCGCUUUGCAGAAAAAACCGAGAUUUUUAGAUCGAAAGUCGGCGAAAAUUUAGGACUUUUUGCCGAAUUUCGGCACGAAAAUUUUGAUGCCUACUUCUACUGUAAAAAUAAUGUUUCUACAAAAAAUCAAAUUUUUCGGCACGAAACUGCCAAAGUUAUGGCCAAAAAGCGCUUUUCUCUCUGACCGCUCUCCACGUUUAGCGUGCUCUCUCGGCAGCAAAAAUCGUUCGAUAUCUCGGCAGCGCCCGCAAAGCGCGAGCUAAAACUUUCAGGCAUUGACAUUUAGUCCAUACCCGACGCGUGUGCAAAAUUGAAAGAAGAUCUGAGGGUCGCACUUGGAGUACUUCCUCGGUGAGCUGCGCUAAAACUUUCCGGCGAAUGGAUUGGCAAUUCGCUAAAAAAGGCGCGAAAAAUCCUUCUUUCGGUCAAGAAAUGGGGAGUUUUUGGGGCGAGAGAGUAAGUCUGUGCGCGUCUUUUCUCUGUCUUCUCUGUGAAAUCAAGAAGUGUAAAAGCCCGACGCAAUGUGCGAAAACAAAAAAUUGUAAAAUGUACUGUGCAAAGUGGGGGUUUUUUGUGCAUGGCGCGACAAAAUGUCCAUGCACUUUAUGAAAAUACUAAUACCAUUCUGUCGGGAAAAUAAUGAGCACUCCGUGGCAUCGAAAAUAGCAUCGCAAAAAUGAAUUGUGCCGCGGCAAAAUCGAAUUGCUUUUCACUUCAGCGACACGAUCGGCACAGCGACAUCGCGCUCAUUAUUUUUCCCAGACUGAUAACAAAGAUCUCUUCUUCAGGUUACAAACGCGAGCUGACUUCAUCGCCUCAUCUCCAUCUCAUGAACAUCGAAAAGCCUCGUGCUGAGAUUUGCGAGUCCCACAAGUACAACGAAUCCCUCUUUUUCCCCCAUCUCUUCGCCAUUCAUCUUCAAAACGGCUCCACCUACAGUGAGCUUCAGCCGAGGCCUUGUUGGAUUCAGGUGCGGCUUCCAAAGCGGCUCGAUUACGUUUAUACUCUGCAAUUUUUGUCCGUCGCCAACCGGAACCCGCAUCAAUUUGGAAGCAGGACUGAUUUGAUUGUUUGCGAUGGAAAUUUCACUUUUGUGGAGUUAUGUGCGAGGGAGAGGUUUAGAUUGCCGAUCAGGAAUGGAGUCAUCCCACAAAGUGUUUCUAUCAGGUAUGAAAAAAAUGGCUUUUUCAGUGAUUUUUUGAGCAAAAAAAUUUUUGUAAAAAUAAGCUUUUUUUUGACUUAUAACAGCGAGAAAAACUGCGACAGCUUCAGAUUUAUUAUCUCUAGCGGCAAAUCCAACUUAUAA